GGAAGUGAGUUUGCGAUGAGAGCAGCUGCUGCAGUACCCCUUCCACAUUCAUCGCGGCCCCGAGGCCAAGGAACCCUCCCGGGCAGCAAAGAGUUAACCCCGAGGGUUGUGCUACUGGGGCGGAGCAUCCGGAGUGGUGGGGGAGGCUGGACACUCUUUCGGGUUAAGGGAGGGCGGUGUGGAAAAUGCGCUGGGUUGGGAGAUCCCGGGUCCCAGCGGAACUGUGAGACUUCGCAGGGCCCAUGGCGGACGCCCAGUACAUCCUGCCCAAUGACAUCGGUGUGUUUAGCCUGGACUGCCGGGAGGCCUUCCGUCUGCUGUCACCCACAGAGCGCCUCUAUGCCCACCAUCUGUCACGGGCUGCCUGGUAUGGAGGCCUGGCUGUGCUGUUGCAGACCUCCCCUGAGGCCCCCUACAUCUAUGCGCUGCUCAGCCGCCUCUUCCGUGCCCAGGACCCCGACCAGCUGCGCCAGCAUGCCCUGGCUGAGGGCCUUACCGAGGAGGAGUAUCAGUUCCAGCUGCCUGGCUGGUUGGGGACAGAAGACAGGCUUUCUGCAGAAGGAGGCAGAGACAGUGUUUCAGCUGGGCUUCAGAGCUCAUACAGAACGGCCGCGGGAGGCUGAGAGGGUGCUGGGCAUAGCGGGAACAAAGGCGUUCCUGGUCUAUGCUGCAGGUGUCUACUCCAACAUGGGCAACUACAAGUCCUUUGGCGACACCAAGUUUGUUCCCAACCUGCCCAAGGAGAAGCUGGAACGUGUGAUCCUGGGGAGUGAGGCGGCUCAGCAGCACCCGGAAGAAGUCCGGAGCCUCUGGCAGACCUGCAGGGAGCUCAUGUUCUCUCUGGAGCCAAGGCUUCGACACCUCGGGCUGGGGAAGGAGGGAAUCACCACCUACUUCUCUGGGGAUUGCACCAUGGAAGAUGCCAAACUGGCCCAAGACUUUCUGGACUCACAGAACCUCAGUGCCUACAACACGCGACUCUUCAAGGGCGUCCCCCAGGAUGGGAAGCCCUGCUACGAGGUGCGGCUGGCUUCUGUGCUCGGCAUGGAGCCUGCUCUGCAUUCUGAAAUGACUUCCAAGCUGAAGAGCUACGAAUUCCAGGGGAGCCAUUUCCAGGUGACUCGGGGUGACUAUGCCCCUAUCCUCCAGAAGGUGGUGGAGCACCUGGAGAAGGCCAAGGCAUAUGCAGCCAACAGCCAGCAGGAACAGAUGCUGGCUCAGUACAUAGAAAGUUUCACCCAGGGCUCCAUCGAGGCCCACAAGAGGGGCUCCCGCUUCUGGAUACAGGACAAAGGCCCCAUCGUGGAGAGUUACAUCGGGUUCAUCGAGAGCUACCGAGACCCCUUUGGUUCCCGUGGAGAGUUUGAAGGCUUUGUGGCCAUGGUGAACAAGGCCAUGAGUGCCAAGUUUGAGUGCCUGGUGGCAAGUGCAGAACAGCUGCUGAAGGAACUGCCCUGGCCCCCGACCUUCGAGAAGGACAAGUUCCUCGCCCCUGACUUCACCUCCCUGGAUGUUCUCACCUUCUCUGGCUCCGGCAUCCCUGCUGGCAUCAACAUCCCCAACUACGACGACCUGAGGCAGACGGAUGGUUUCAAGACUGUGUCACUGGGGAACGUCCUGGCUGUGGCCUACGCCACUCAGCGGGAGAAGCUGACCUUCCUGGAGGAGGAGGACAAGGACCUGUUCAUCCGCUGGAAGGGGCCCUCCUUUGAUGUGCAGGUGGGACUGCACGAGCUGCUGGGCCACGGCAGCGGCAAGCUCUUCGUGCAGGAUGAGAAAGGAGCAUUUAACUUUGACCAGGAGACAGUGAUCAAUCCAGAGACGGGGGAGCAGAUUCAGAGCUGGUACCGGAGCGGGGAGACCUGGGACAGCAAGUUCAGCACCAUCGCCUCUAGCUACGAAGAAUGCCGGGCUGAAAGUGUGGGCCUCUACCUCUGCCUCAACCCCCAAGUUCUGGAGAUCUUUGGCUUCGAGGGGGCUGAUGCAGAAGAUGUGAUCUAUGUGAACUGGCUCAACAUGGUUCGGGCUGGGCUGCUUGCUCUGGAGUUUUACACCCCUGAGGCCUCCAGCUGGAGACAGGCCCACAUGCAGGCCCGGUUUGUGAUUCUGAGGGUCUUGCUGGAGGCUGGCGAGGGACUCGUUACUGUCACUCCCACCACAGGCGCUGAUGGGCGCCCAGAUGCCCGGGUCCGCCUUGACCGCAACAAGAUCCGGCCUGUGGGCAAGCCCGCCCUGGAGCGGUUCCUGAGGAAACUUCAGGUGUUGAAGUCCACAGGAGAUGUGGCUGGAGGCCGGGCCCUGUAUGAGGGGUACGCGGCGGUCACUGAUGCAUCCCCUGAGUGCUUCCUCACCCUCAGGGACACAGUGCUACUCCGCAAGGAAUCUCGGAAGCUCAUCGUUCAGCCCAACACUCGCCUUGAAGGCUCAGAAGUUCAGCUUCUCGAGUAUGAGGCCUCGGCUGCUGGCCUCAUCCGAUCCUUCUCCGAGCGCUUCCCAGAGGAUGGGCCCGAGUUGGAGGAGGUCCUCACCCAGCUGGCCACAGCUGAUGCCCGGUUCUGGAAGUCCCCCAGUGAGGCCCCAUCUGGCCAGGCUUGAGACAGAUUUAUGCAGCUCCUCCCCCAGCUCCAUCACACCAGGGCUGCAAGUGGCCGCCCCCCUCCUGCGUGUGCCAGGGGAGGAGCGGGAGCUCGGACCUUGGUGCUACCUCAGCCGAGGGCGGUGACACUAACCCCUUCCAUUUGUCGGCACUUUCCAAUUUACCGAGUGCUUCUCCUGUGUUAUCUCAUUUGAUCCGCUCUGCCCUUGGUAGAGUGGGCAAGGCCCGGCUCCUUAUCCUGCUUCCCAGGUAAGGGAAUGGAAGUUCUGAGAAGUGACCUAUCUAGAUGUGACAGGACUCAAAGCCUCUCCCAAUCCAGUGCUCAUCAUGUAUUACUUUUAUAACCAGAAAAUAAACAUAAGAAAUCACCA